CUUAACGGCUUGUUGUAGUUGCCGGGUACAGGAGGUCGGGCAUGCUCGUGAAACAGUCGCUGCGAAAUGCUAUGCAACCGCCGAAAAGGCUGUGAUUUACAUGAAAUUACAAAGAUACGUGCCAUAAACUUCUUUUUAAAUAUAAUCUCUGUUGAGCUAAUAAGUCAGGAGUUUAGAAGAGACUCGUAGAAAACCUCGGAGGAGCACCGAAAACUGUCCGUCCGUUUUGUCCUACAAAGGCGCGGAGAGUUUGACAGCGACAGGACUCCACUGCGCAGGCGUGACGUUAGAUAAACUAGCCGGAGGAGGACGGCAUCAAGAGGACUCCAUGAAACAAUAAAGACUUUCCUUUCUGUGGAGGGACAAGAGAUAAAACAUGAGGAAGGACGUGAGGAUACUGCUGGUUGGGGAACCCAAGGUGGGGAAGACCUCGCUGAUAAUGUCCCUGGUCAGCGAGGAGUUUCCUGAUGAGGUUCCUCUGAGGGCGGAAGAGAUCACCAUCCCAGCUGAUGUCACCCCAGAGAGGGUGCCCACACACAUAGUGGACUACUCAGAAGCUGAACAAUCAGACGAGCAGCUGUACCAAGAAAUAUCAAAGGCUAAUGUGAUCUGCAUAGUUUAUUCAGUUAACAACAAGAAGUCAAUUGAGAAGGUGACAAGUCACUGGAUCCCCCUCAUAAAUGACAGGACGGACAAGGAUAGCAGGGUACCGCUGAUCCUUGUGGGGAACAAGUCUGACCUGGUGGAACACAGCAGCAUGGAGACCAUCCUGCCCAUCAUGAACCAGUACCAGGACAUCGAGACCUGUGUAGAGUGCUCUGCCAAAAACCUGAAGAACAUCUCCGAGCUGUUUUACUACGCCCAGAAGGCUGUCCUCCACCCGACUGGACCCCUGUACUGCCCCGAGGAGAAGGAGUUGAAACCGUCUUGCAUUAAGGCUUUAACUAGAAUCUUCAAAGUGUCUGACCUGGACAAUGACGGCGUCCUUAAUGACAACGAGCUCAACUUCUUCCAGAGAACGUGUUUUAAUACGCCCCUGGCGCCUCAGGCCUUAGAGGAUGUAAAAAACGUGGUCAGGAGGAACAUGACAGACGGCGUGAAGGACAACGGACUCACACUCAAAGGCUUCUUGUUCCUGCACACCCUCUUCAUACAGCGAGGUCGACAUGAGACCACCUGGACUGUGCUGAGGCGAUUUGGUUAUGACGAUGACCUGGAGCUCACGCAGGAAUACCUGUUCCCCCUGAUAAAGAUUCCUCCAGACUGCACCACAGAGUUCAACCACAACGCUUACCUCUUCCUCCAGAGUGUCUUUGACAAACACGACAAGGACAGAGAUUGUGCGCUGUCGCCAGAGGAGGUGAAGGACUUGUUCAAAGUGUUCCCCUACAUGCCCUGGGGUCCGGAUGUCAACAACACAGUGUGCACUAACGACCAGGGAUGGAUAACAUACCAGGGAUAUCUCUCUCAGUGGACGUUAACAACAUAUCUAGAUGUACAGCGUAGUUUGGAGUAUUUAGGUUAUCUGGGUUACUCUAUCAUCUAUGAACAGGAGUCCCAAGCAGCUGCCAUUACAGUGACACGCAACAAGCGCAUAGAUCUCCAGAAGAAACAGACACAACGCAGCGUCUUCCGCUGUAAUGUCCUGGGCACUAGAGGCAGCGGGAAGAGCGGCUUCCUUCAAGCUUUUCUGGGCAAAAACCUGCAGAAACAGAGGCGGAUUAGAGAAGACCACAAGUCCUUCUAUGCCAUCAACACGACCUAUGUUUACGGUCAGGAGAAGUACCUGCUGCUCCAUGAGGUGAUGCCAGAUUUUGACUUCCUGUCAGAGGCGGACCUCGCCUGUGACGUAGUUUGCCUGGUGUAUGACGUUAACAAUCCUCGCUCUUUUGAAUACUGCGCCAAAGUGUACAAGCAAUACUUCAUCGACAGUAAAACGCCAUGUGUAGUGAUCGCUGCCAAGUCAGACCUGCAUGAAGUACGGCAGCACUACAGCCUCUCCCCGCAGGACUUCUGCCGGAAGCACAAGCUCCACCCGCCUCAGCCGUUCACGUGUAACACGACCGACGCAGUCAGCAAAGACAUCUAUACUAGACUCACCACCAUGGCCAUGUAUCCACACAUGGCCCAAGCGGAUCUGAAGAACUCCACUUUCUGGCUGAGAGCGAGCGUCGGUGCCACGGUGUGUGCCGUGCUGGGCUUCGCCAUGUACAGAGCACUUCUCAAACAGCGGUGAUCAGACAGCAUGACACGGCUAGUCCAUCUCCCCCGAUCCCUCUCUCGGUGACUCUGCUUCCUGUUUCUCCUACCUGAAAGACUCGGGAAAAAAAAAAGACUGACCUAACCAACCUGGGCUGUAUCCUCAGACCACCACUACACCUCAUUCCCUUCCCACAAUGCAACACGGGCUAGAAGCAUAUGAGCAAAAUCCUAGGUAAAUUUUUUUUAUGCAUUUAAUUUUGUGUUUAAGUUGCAGGGAAAGGGGCCGGUUUGAAAUAACACUUUUUCAUGAGUUAGUUCAUGCUGACAUUCUGUGAUCUGUCAGUCUAAUCUAGUCUAGUCUAGUCUAGUCCAGCUCAGACACCUUGACUGUCUAUAAAGACAGACGGCACGUCUCCGACUCCUCCUGUGGUGCAAAAUGAAGCCGAAAUACCCCACUACAGGCACUGGAGCCAGAGUCUGUACAGCAGGGGUUGGCUUGUGGAGCCGUGGUAUGAAUGACCCGCCCCUUCCACUUCCUAAAACACAUUUAGCCUACCUAUAAAAUGUCACAGGUUUCUCAGGUUGGUACAGUCGACCAGACAGUCUGAAACCUACUUCAGGGUUUGGGAAAGUUAACUCUUUUGUCGGUGUCUGUUACAUUUCCUCUUACAGUUCCUCAUCUACUCUGCAAAUCUGGUGCAACACAGCACUGAAGGAGCCUCAUUUGUCUACCAAGCUGUCAAUCAUGGCAAAACACCUUUUUUUAUAGCAUCGAAUAACCUGAGAAAAACAAAACUUCUCAAAAAAAAAAGUGAGCAUCUGCACAUAAAUCGUAAAUCAGCGAGAUAAGAACUAACGUUAAUGACAGAAACCAGGUAUGAGAAUCAUUUAUUUUACGUGUAUUUUGAUUUGAUCGCUUGAUCCAUGUCCCAUCUGUUAACAUGAAGGAGGCAGGCUUUAUGACCUGUACUGCAGCUUCAACCGUUUUGGCUUCACUUUUGGAGAGCAGUCACGCCAUCCAUCUUUUCCACAGUCUACGGUAAAAGCUGACACCUCUAGUUUAAUCUCAAACACUGCUAGUCUCUGGAUACCUUCAGCUGAUCCCCACCUUGUUUUUUUAUUUUCUCAGGUCAGUAGUAUUAGUUAGACAGUCGUCGACCAGAGAGAAACAGCCAUACACAGACGCACCACAAAGGGACUCGAUUCUGUUUAUAGAUGUGUAUAUGCAGUAUAUUAUGUAUGUAUUCAACAAAACUUUUAGGAUUGGACUCUUAGACAGAAACACAAAGCAGAACCAUCACUUCCUGAGGUUUAUACGUCUAACACUAGAAAAUUCAUGGAUGUCACGCACUUGUUUAUUUUGUGUGUUUAAUUUAUUAACCUGUUUCUUUUGUUUUCAUGUCUGUUUUGAGUGCACUGCAUGAAACAGAUGGAGGGAUUUACAUUUUCCAUGUAUUUUUGUAAUUAGUAUUAUGAAAGCUUGUCCUCAAGGUGUAUCAUAACGUUUUGUUUUUAAUUUUCUGGUUUUCAUAUAGAGCUUGGCCCCUCAUAUUAUAUUUUUAUGAAUUUAGAGGCACCAUAGAGAAAGAGUUAAAGCUAUUAACAACAGCCAUGCAGCGCACCUCUCCCACCUUAAAACUAUCAGUGUUUCUUCUCAUUUUUCUUGUUUUUUUUUUUUGUUUUUUUCAGCAUUUACAAUAAAAAACUGUAUGAUAUGACACAGCUGAGUUUGUGUGGGUGAAAUGACAAUUUAACAGCAACAAGGAAAAUAAAAUGGUUUUAAAAUCUGUAAUAAAUGACUUUACACCCACUGA